AUGGAGACACAACAGAGAACGAGAGGGAUCUGGAGCCUGUUCGGGGCUCCCGCAAAGCCAAGCUCCCAAUCUACACAGCCUGAAUCCGGUGCAGAGAAGGGUAUAUCUGUACUGAAGUCACCCGACAGUGCAUCGUCGUCAGAUUCCUCCGCCAGGGGCCCGAGACCCUGGACGCGGGGUAAGAUCCUGACAGUGUCGAUCUUAGCCUUCUUUGCGUUGGCGAUAAUCGUCAUCGCCAUCACGGUUCCCAUAGUCUUGGUGAAGAGGAACAGAUCCCAUGAUGAUCCCAGCUAUCACAACGCAGCAAACCAACCGAUUCAGGUCCUCUCGGACUUUCCAGAUCCUGGGCUACUCCAUGUGAACAGCACCUGGUAUACCUACGGCACCAAUGCAGUCAAGAACAACUCCGAAGUGCCUCAUGUACCCGUCGCGACGUCCAGGGACUUCAGCUCGUGGAAGCUACUCGACGGCCACGAUGCCAUGCCCUCGUUGAGUGGCUGGGAGACAGACAUCAAUCACUACGCCCCGGACGUGAUCCAGCGCGACGACGGACGAUACGUCCUCUACUACUCCGGCGAACUCAAAGACUGGCUCUACCACCACUGCGUCGGCGUCGCCGUCACCAACGGCACAAACCCGCUGGGCCCCUACGUGCCGCAGCGCAAACCGCUGGCCUGCCCGCGCGACCAAGGCGGCGCGAUCGACCCGUCGCCCUUCCGCGACGCCGACGGCAAGCUCUACGUCGUCUACAAAGCGGACGCCAACAGCAUCGGCCACGGCGGCGACUGCAACAACGGCAAGAAGCCCGUGCUGCCUGUCCCCAUCCUCCUGCAGGAGCUCGCGGCCGACGGCGUGACCCCCGUCGGCGACCCGGUCCAGAUCCUCCAGAACGACAAGAGCGAUGGCCCGCUGGUCGAGGCGCCCAACCUCCUGCGCACCGCCCAGGGCAUCUACUACCUGUUCUUCUCCUCCCACUGCUUCACCUCCCCGAAGUACGACGUCAAAUACGCCUACGCCACGUCGCUGAAGGGGCCCUACACCCGCGCGGACCGGGCGCUGUUUAAGACCGGCGACUUCGGGCUCAAGUCGCCCGGUGGCGCAACCGUUUCGCGGGACGGCACGCGGAUCGUGUUUCAUGCAAACUGUGGCAAGUUGCGGUGUUUGCAUGCGGCGGCUAUCGCGAUUCAUGCCAAUUCGACCAUUACCCCUGCUUCAAUUUAG